CAUCAAAACAACCACCAAUUCUUCAAUUCUGGCCUCAAAACAUGUUCAUUUCUCUAUAUUCCAAGUUAUUUAUUCUAGCCACUUUUGCACUAUUCUACACCGGCACCACAGCUUAUGCACGUGAGCUCUCAAUCGUGGGCUACGAGCCUGAAGAUCUAACGUCCAUUGAUAAGCUCAUCAAUCUAUUCGAAUCUUGGGUGGACAAGCAUGGCAAGAUGUACAAAACCCUAGAGGAGAAGUUGCAUAGGUUUGAGAUUUUUAAGGAUAAUUUGAAGCACAUUGAUGAGAGGAAUAAGGUUGUUAGCAACUAUUGGCUAGGCUUGAAUGAGUUCUCCGAUUUGAGCCAUGAUGAGUUCAAGAAAAUGUUUUUAGGUCUCAAAUCCGAUCAAAUUCCCAAGAGGGGUGAGAAUUUUAAGUAUAGGGAUUUUGUGGAUGUGCCUAAAUCCGUAGAUUGGAGGAAGAAAGGAGCCGUUACACGGGUGAAGAACCAGGGUCAAUGUGGCAGUUGUUGGGCGUUUUCAACCGUGGCUGCAGUCGAAGGGAUCAACCAAAUUGUGACGGGGAACUUAACUGAGUUGUCUGAGCAAGAGCUCAUCGAUUGUGACACGGCUUAUAACAAUGGCUGCAACGGCGGCCUAAUGGACUAUGCAUUCUCCUUUAUCGUCUCAAACAAAGGUCUCCAUAAGGAAGACGACUACCCUUACCUGAUGGAGGAAGGAACUUGUCAAGAAAGCAGGGAUGAGGCGGAAGUUGUGACAAUUGAUGGCUACCACGACGUGCCGGCUAACGACGAAAAGAGCUUCUUGAAAGCUCUGGCAAACCAACCCCUGAGUGUGGCCAUCGAUGCUUCUGGGAGAGACUUCCAGUUCUAUAAUGGAGGCGUGUUUGACGGGCAUUGUGGAACCGAUCUUGAUCACGGAGUGGCAGCCGUGGGAUACGGCACGAGCAAAGGGUUGGACUAUGUGAUAGUGAAGAAUUCUUGGGGGCCAAAAUGGGGGGAGAAGGGUUUUAUAAGAAUGAAGAGAAACAAUGGGAAGCCAGAGGGGAUGUGUGGUAUCAACAAAAUGGCCUCAUUCCCAACCAAAAGCCGUUGAUAUAUAUAUAUAUAUAUAUAUAUCGAUUGAAUUAUACUCCAUUUUCUAAGUGUUGUAGUUGUUGUUGUUUUAUUUUUCUCUUUAUCUUAAGUAAGUUUUAUCUUAAGUAUGAUCUUGUUGUGAUGUUCAAGGAAUAAGACAAUUAAUUUCCCUUUCGCAUGAAAAAAGUAGUAUAAUUUUUUUUGGGGUUCAAGACGUUUGCGGUUGUAUUA